AUGGCGGAGGCCGCUGCUAUCCCGAUCAUCGAUAUCUCUACUGAGGGGGGAGACCAAGCUGAAGUUGCAAAGGCGCUGGUCGACGCAGCUGCGGAGCAUGGGUUUGUCUACAUCAAGAAUACGGGGAAGGACAUCACGUUGGAACAAAUCGAGAGGGCUUUUGAGAUGUCCCGAACCCUCUUCAGCUCCCCAAUCGAGGAGAAGCAAAAUUGUUCGAUCCAGACGAAUAACCAGGGCUGGUCAGGAAUGGGCACCGAAACCCUCGACCCCAAGUCCCAACGAGUAGGCGAUUUCAAAGAAGCCUUCAACUUCGGCCCCUUCACCAACAACCAAGCAAACCAGCCCAUCCCCACCGCCAUAAUCCCCUAUCAGCCCUCCAUCGCCGCCUUCCGCACAUCCUGCAACGACUUCUGCCGCAAGCUUCUGCACCUCUUCGGCAUCGGCCUAGGCGUCUCACCCCCGGAUUUCUUCAAAACAGCGCACUCACCCUCCCUCCCCUCGGGCUCCAUCCUCCGCUUUCUGUACUACCCAUCCCCGGACAGCAGUAGCAGCAGCGGAAGCACCUCCUUCACAGCACCGCAGGCAAACGACGUCCGCGCCGGAGCCCACUCCGACUACGGCUCCGUGACCCUUCUCUUCCGCCUCCGCGGCCAAGCGGGAUUGGAACUGCUCACUGGCUCCGGUGCGUGGAAGCCGGUCCCCGUGUGUCCUCCAGGAACAGAGGACGACCCCGCCCCGCCAAUCCUCGUCAAUAUCGGCGAUCUGCUCUCGUACUGGACCAACGGGCUGCUGCGGAGCACGGUGCACCGUGUGACUUUUGACGGAGCGGCGGUGGAGGGCGAGUCGAAUCGCGAGCCUAGGUACUCGAUAGCGUAUUUCUGCCAUCCGGCGAAUGAGACUAAGUUGACUGCGGUGCCGAGCGAGAGGGUGAGGGGAUUUAAGGGCGGGCUGGAGGAUGCGAAAGAGGAAAAUCCGUAUGCGGAAAGGAAGGUGAUGACCGCUGAUGAGCACCUGCAGAUGCGCUUGCAAGCGAGUUAUUUGGAGUUGUAUGAGAAGAAAUAG